AUGCAUGCAGCUGUUGCUGCUGCCCGCAGCAGCAGCGAGCAGCAGCAGCAGCAGCAGCAACAGCAACAGCUAAAUACAUUUGCUUCUCUAUUAGCUUCUGCCCCUGCCUUAGGGUACUCUCCGCAGCAACUGCAGCAGCAGCAGCAGCUACUGCAGCAACUGCUGCAGUUUAGAGACACUCAGCAACAGCUGGGGCUCAAGAGGGCUUGGCAGCAGCAGCAUCUGCUGCUGCUGCAGCUGCUGCUGCAGGCAGCACCACAAGGUAUUGGGGGAGCAACCGCAGCACAACUAUCCAACCUUGUGCAUGAUGCGUCUCUUUUGGCAGCAGAAUGUGGCAGCCAGCUGCAGCAGCUGCAGCAGCUGCAGCAGCAGCAGCAGCAGCAGCAGCAGGUCCACCAGCAGCAUCUGCAGCAGCAGCAGCAGCAGCAACGAGCCCUGCUGCUGGAUAUACGGCAGCACGUAUACGUGCUGCUGCAGGUUGCCCUGCAAGGGACAGUUGCGCAUGCAGAGACACUUGCUGCUAGAGACACCGCGUUGCUGCUGUCCUCAUUAGCAAGACUCUGCCAUACACCUGAAUCUGCUGCUGCUGCAGCAGCAGCAGCAGAUGCAGCAGCAGAUGCUACAGACAGCCUUGAGGGAACGGCUAUUGAGGGCGGCAGCGAGGAGAAAGGAGGAGCAGCAGCAGCAACAGGAGCAACAUCUGCUGCUGCUGUUGUUGCAGAUCCUUCGUUGCGUUCUGCUGCUGCUGCGUUUCGUGCUGCAGCAGCAUCAGCACUUCCUACGCUGUACGUACAGCUGAAUAGUAAGGUAAGAGACAGCAGCAGCAAAGAUGCUGUCUCCUUAUUAGGGGCAUUACCUCGUCUGUGGUCUAUUGAGUGUCUCCUGCCUCAUGCUGCUAAUCACAAGCAGCAGCAGCAACAGCAGCAGCAGCAGCAGCAGCAGCAGGUUGCUGCUGCUGAUAGUCUGCUGCGCGUUGCUGGCAGGUUUGCUGCUGUAUGGGACCUUAAGGAUCUUGCUGCAGCAGCAGCAGACACACAUAGACUUUGCUGCUGCGCCCCGCAGCCACUGCAUGCAGCAGCACAGCUGCUGCUGCAGCAAAUCGCGCAGCAGCUGACUCUACACUUUGCUCGUUGCCUGCAGCAACAGCAACAGCAACAGCAACAGCAGCAGCAACAGGAGCAGCUGCAGCAGCACGAGCACCAGCAGGAUCAGAUACACGAGCAGAAGCAGCAGCAGCAGCAGAAACAGCAGAGACAGCAGCAGCAGCAAGAAGAAGAUGCUGCAGCAGCAGAUCGUUUGCUGCUAGAGGCAGUAGAUAGAGGAGACACCCGACCUUGGAGACCAUCCAACUUCGGAUGGACAGCCCAGCAACUAAUGUCCCUCUGGGUGUCUCUUCUGUCUCUUCUCCCCCAAGGAGGGGCCUCCCAUGAGGGUUUGCUGUCUCUUAUUGAGGGUCUCCUUGUCUCCUUACUGGGUCCUCCUACUAGCCAGGAGCAGCAGCACCUACAGCUGCUGCUGCAACAGCAGCAGCUGCAGCAGCUGCUGCAGCAGCUAAGGAAUCUGCCGCCCCCUGACGAUCCUACUCUUAGUGGCAGCUGCAUUGUUAGGGGUCUUGCUGCUCUUGUUGGGGGAGGACUCUUGCCUCAUAGCCUUACUGCUGCUGCUGCUGCUGCACCUGUUGCUGCUGCUGCUCCUCUUGCUGCUACUGGUUCUGCUGCAACUAGGUUGCCUUUGCUGCCGCUGCUGCUCGUGCGGUGUGAGCAGCAGCUGUCUCUUCUCAGCAGCAAAGACACAUUCGCCCUCUGCAGAGCUCUGCUCCGUCUCGGCAGCAGCAGCAGCAGCAGCAGCUCCUACAGCAGCAGCAGCAGCAGCAGGCACAGCAACAGCAGCAGCACACUGGUGCAGAACGCUAGGACUGCCUUGCUGUCUUCCUUGGGUUCUCUCUUGCUGCAGCAGCAAACAGGUGAGUGUUUUCGUUCAGCUGCUGGAUCCACUCCCCGCGUACAAGAGAUUACCCGUUUGCUGCGGUGUCUGCUGGAUCACCCGCAUGCAGCAGCAGCAGCAGCACGAGCAGCAGCAGCAGCAGCACAAACAACAGCAGAUAUAGCCCCUGUUGCUGUGGAUAUUGAUGAUGAUGCUGCUGCUACUGAUACUGCUGCUACUGCUGCUGCUGCUGCAGUUAAUGCAGCAGCACUGCUGCUGCGUCAGGUGUCUUACCACCUCCAAUGGAAGCAGCAGCUCUGCUGCCCUUUUGCUGCUCUUGAUGCACUUGAGGUGUAUGUGCAGCUCGCCCCACGCAUGCGGCAGCUGCAGCACGUGUCUCCGUUGCUGCUGCUGCAGCUGCAGCACUCAAUGCAACAAGAGACAUGCGCAGAGUUGCAGCCACAGCAGCAGCAGCAGCAGCAAGAGCAGCAUCAAGAGCAGCAGGAAGAGCAGCAGCAGGAGCAGCAGCAACCGCGAUCUAGGGUAGUAUUCCAGCAGCAAAGUGUGCGGCUGCUGCAGCAGACAGCUCCCCAUCUGCUGCAGCAGCUGCAUGCACUUGCCCCACAAGAUGGAGGUAUUGCUGCAGCAGCAACACUUACUCGGGUGCUGCUGCUGUGGGGUGCAGCACAGUAUAGGGAAGAAGACCUGCUGCUGCAGUUGCUGCAGCGUAUGUCUCUUGUGCUGCAGGGAGGGGCCCCUUCUGCAGCAGCAGGAGCACCAGCUGCACGGACUGCAGCAGCAGCAGAACCAGCAGCAAGCUCUGUACUACGGCAUCUGCCCCUAGAAACAGCAGCUGCUGCUGCUUCUGCUGUUACACGUUUGGGGUGUACAUGCAGCUCUGCUGCUCCUGAGGUAGCAGCAGCAGCAGGCGAAGUGCUGGAGCUGCUCUUUGCUUCCUUGGAGUACCAGGAGGAGCAGCAGCAACAGCAGGGGCAGCAGCAAGAGCAGCGGAAGCUGCAGCAACAGCUGCAGCACCUGCUGCAGCUAGCUGCUGCAUUGUCUCUCUGGUGCUGCGAUCCAGCAGCAAGAAGGCAGCAGCAGAUUGCUGCUUGCUGCCUUCUCCCUCUCUUCAAGCCUCACUUAGGUUAUUAUCUUGCCCCCAGCAGCAGCAGCAGCAGCAACAGCAACAGCAGCAGCAGCAGCAGCAGCAGCAAGGGUAGGGAGGUGCUACGGAUAAUGACCUGCUGCUUGCAGCAUCUUCUGCACAUAGAGGAGACAACUCUUUCUCCUGCAGCGCAGGAGGUGUGGUCCAUGCUGCAGCAGCAACUGAAGCAGCAGCAGCAGCAACAGCAGCAGCAGCAGCAGCUAGAGGGCCACGAUCUGCUGCAUGCAUUGGCAAAGAAGACAAGCAAGAAGGCAGCAGUGCAUGCACAAGUAGUAGGGACAAUUCGUUCCCUUUAUGCCUAUAAGGAGACACCUCUUACUAUUAGGGGACCUGUUACUGUGGGGCCAUACACGAUCCCCGUUGUUAUUGGAGACGAUCCCCAGGGGAUCGGAGACGAUCCCAGGAGAACCGGAGACGAUCCCAGGGGUAUCGCGUUAGAGGUGGAAGGUGCUGCUGCUGACAGUAAACGAAUGGGAGGCAUUAGGAGACAGCAGCAGCAGCAGCAGCAGCAGCAGCAGCAGCAAAGAAAUAUUUAUAAAGAAUCGCCUCUCUAG